GGGAAAUGGCCUCUUGAGUCUUGGCGCAGCUUCGUUCAAGCCUGAAGAAGAUAUCUCGCUCUUUCCCUGUCUGUUUUCUGGAAAGUUGCUUUUUUUUUUACCCAGAAAGAACCUGUCCUCACACGCGCUCAGCAGUUUUUUCUUCUUCUUCAUCGGUGCAACGUUCCCUUCUUUCUCCCUUGUGCUAUCUCCGACACAGCCCCUCUGUCUGCGGCUCUGACCUCUUCGCCCGGGACCGACCUAAGCCUCCAUCGUCAUCUUGUGGCCUCCUGAUGCGGGCAGCCGUUCUAUAAAAACCUGCGCAUGGUACGUCGCUUCUUAUAUAAGUUCUUUGUCUCAAUUGAAUCCUAUAUAUCCUCCACCGUCCACUGGGACGCAUGCCUUCUGACGAUGCUUCAUCCCCGUCGCGAUCAAAGUACUCUACAUCUAGUUUUGCUGGCGUCUUCCGGUCACUGAGUGCUUCCCGAACCAAGACGCUCUCCGCGGCCUCCUUGUCGGACAGCGGUGACUCCCUCUAUCAGUCGACGGAUGGACAUACAGGCAGUUGGUGUACAAUAGGGAUUGACUCGAUGCAUCGCGGGAGUGUCGUGUCUAGCUCCUCAGACGCCUCGGGGGCGCGGGACUUUGAGACAUCGGUCAAAGUGUUGACACAAAAGCAAAACAUAAGCCACGCCAGUGACGAAGCCGAGCAUGUAGCCAAAUCCCUCCAGUGGUAUACUCCGGAGCAGGCUCUUGCACUCUGGGAAGCGGGUUCGCAUCUAAUACGCCAUGAGGGAUCACCGGAAGCUCGACGGAGCGGUUCACUUCUAUUAGUUUCGCUUUCAACUCGCCAUGAUCUUUCUCCUGCCGCCAGACGCACCAUUUACGAUUUUAUUUCGUCACCGUCAGUGCCCGAUGUCAUCCCAGCGCGUGCGCAGUCCCUGAUAUCAUUAUCAGACCAUGGCAGGCGACUGGAAUUUGCUACCUCCUCCCUCCUUCCGUUGAUCUCCUCGUUUGUCGUCCCACUACACGAAGUUAUCUCCUCUGCUCGUUCAAAGGCACGGAAAGCCAAGGUUGGAAGAGCAAACGGACUCGCCUACGAAGAUACUGUCCUGGAUGAUCUAUUACAAUUCGCAGUUGAUCUCAUCACGCUGCAGCGACGACAGCCAGAAAGCGACGAGGUUCAAGAGCUAUUGGAUCAGAUCUUCACUAUCUGCAGAAAGACGAGCGUUGCCGCCGAUAUCAAGCACUCCCUAGCUGUAUUUGAUGCCGUGAUACUCUAUGGGGAUGUUCCCGAUGGGAGCUUUCUUCCUAUGCUUGAGCUACUUUGUAGCAUUCAUGCCUCCGUCAGGUCCCUCUCCGGCCCUACAUCGCGAGCCGUCCGGAAUUUGGCAAAAUCGAAGCGACAGACCGAAAUGGCAGACACUCUCUAUUCUUUUUUACUCGAGUCCUCGGGAGAGAGCAGUCAGAACCUCAACGUUUUGCGAGGCGUGGUGUACAUUUUUACGGACCUUAUUCGUGCUCAUGGUCAAGACGGAAUACUGCAAGUCCAGUUUGAGCGUUUGAUGGACUGCCUUCAAGUAGUUCUUCGUAAGAAUGAUGGUCGACUGGAGGCAGAUAUCCUGGAGUUAUGUCUCAACACCCUAGAAGGAGAAUAUGCGCAAGUGACCCUUGAGCAUAGCUGGACAGGAUUUGUCAACGUUCUGAAUUCUUGUUCCGCCAGGAUUUCUGAAGAGCCUGCAGCAAACGUUGCGCCUACUAUCAGUCCAGAGUCAACUCAUUCUCGGGGGAGUAUUAUUGACGAAGUGAAACCCACCAUGUUAGCAAACAUCGUGCAGAUUGCAUCGGCCGUGGGAUCUCUCUGGGACAAUAUCAAUCGACAACAGCGAUUGGAAAUUUCAAAUUUUCUGAUGAAUGUUUGCCAGCAAAUUGAACCUACUCAAGCCGAGGUCCUCCUUAAUACGAUGAGAGAAGAAAAGCUGUGUGAACCUCAAUCCCCAGGGUGGAUUCAAAAUUGCCAGAAUGUGGUCAGCUGCUUCAUUCGGGCGCGUAACAAGCCAGUUGAUCUCCGAAUCAUGGCAUUGGAAACCCUGAAGGAGGCUUUUACCAGCUACGAAUCCCUAGUUCUUUUCCAAAAGGAAGGCCUCUUGGAGAUGGUUCUAGAGUCAUUUGUUGACGAGGAUAGCAUUCUCUUCCUGGAAUCGUUGGUUUCUUUCAUCGUCGACAGUUGCAUUCCUGCUUGUGACGAUACUACCUUCAAGUCGCUAGUGGAUAUACUUAGCUCACCAAUGACUAAGGAUUCGGAGACGGAUGAGCCUGACUCUUCCUCUGUGCCCUCGCUAGAGGGGCGCUCAUCAAGCCUUCCCGUCGAGGCUUCGCUGGCUAAUAUCUGCUGUACCGGGCUAGUGAGGAUGUUUCUGAGAUCGCUAAACCUCUCAGCUGUCAAAGCUGUAAUGGUUUAUGAAGCCCUCCUGAAAAUCGCAGAGUCUCCAGACCGCCCUAUAGACUCGCGCCUAACAUCACUCAAGAUGCUUUUCAGGCUCCGAUGUGAUACAUCGGGCUCGAUCAUCGUUCUUCCCAUUUCCGAGAAUGACUUUCGAAUGAGUGUAUCCGGCCGCAAUCUUGACUCCGGCCCGUUAGCGAACGAUCCGGACGACGCCCACGCCGAAGAUGCCAGCGCAGAUAAUGAACUUGGCCUCUCAGUGCCCCAAAGAAAGCAUCCGGUCCGUUUAGCAUCGUCUACUAGUGCUUUAUCCAGAUCAACAGGUCGUAGCGCAAGUCAUUCGCAGCGCAUACCGAAAUUGUCUCACCCUGUCUGGGCCUAUCACACGCCACAAGUUCUCCCUGAAGAGCCCCCAGACGAGUCUAGCCGUUUUGUAUAUGCCUAUGCAACACCCGAUCCAUCAAGUCCUGUAGAACCAGAACUGGCCGAGAAGGUUGCCUUGAAAUCCAACGUAUGGGUUGAAACAAUUAUCAUGUUACUCCAGCGUGAAACCAACUGGGACAUUUACAGCUACGUCCUUACCCAUUUGGCAGCUCAACUCCAAAACAAAGAUCUUUUCAGCAACGCAGUACCGCAGAUCAAGCUUCUACGCAGCAUCUUGUGCGAUCAGGUCAAAAACGAGUCUUUCCGUGAACCUCCCGCAACCACCGGUGUAAAGAAGUCUGACGUGGCUGGCUAUAUUUUCGAAUCACUCUGUGUGUUGGUGAGCUAUCAUGAGCACUUUGCGAAAAGCGAAGAAGACGAACUCGUACGUUCAUUUAUGAUGGGCAUCAUUGGCUCAUGGGGAGGCACCUCGCGUGGAUGUAUCCAUGCAUUGUCCGUCUGUUGCCUUGAGAUUCCGCUUUCAGUGACCAAAUCUCUAAAUCUAAUCCUUGACAAAAUCUCCAAAGUGAUUACACUAUCGAAUUUGGCGGUGCAUAUCUUGGAGUUCUUGGCGCUAUUGGCACGUUUGCCGGAGGUUUAUGUUAACCUGCGAGAGGAAGAGAUUCGGACCGUUUUUGGAAUAUGUAUUCGGUUAUUGCAAACUUCUCGGGAGCACAGGCUCAAAACAUCUGAAUCACCCACAAGACUUCAAAGCGCUUCGAGAACGGGCAGUGUUGUUCGUGAAACAGCAGGCCUUCCUAGCAGCAAUGAUGUUUCCGACCCGUCAGUACAAGACGCCAUGUCCAGGUACAUUUAUGCUUCAACGCAUCAUGUCAUGGUGUUUUGGUUCCUGUCGUUGAAACUACAAGAUCGAGCAAAACAUGUCAAUUGGAUAACUAGCAGGCUUAUCUUCAAGGAUGACCACGGAAAAGAAAUAGUGGAGGAACAGAGCCAGGUUUUCCUGGACCUUAUGCAAAGAGUUGCCUUUUCUGACCUGGGCGAGACCAUCCCAUUCGCAACAUUCCCACCGUCACCGGAAGAUGGCUCGGUGGUAAAGAAGUCGUGGAUCGCGGGAAUGAGCAUUUUCACCGUGGAGACGGCCAGUGUUUCAGGCCUUUCCCAAAUCACCAAGAGACAAGCUUCGGGCACCACGUAUGCAGUGUACCAACAGCGCACUGCGCCUGUUCUUCCUCAUCAAGUGCCGGCCACCCAUGAUGCCCAUCUACAUGCUGAUAAUAUGCAAACGUCUGUCCUGCCCAGUCAUAUUAUGCUGCAGUUGAUGUCCACAGCUUUUCCCACUCCAACUGCGAUUCAACCGAUCCCACUACCGGAUGAUGACAUGACCCGCAGGGCAUUGAGCACAUUUGAUCGAAAUGAUAUUGUGGAUGGCCAUAAGAUUGGUGUUAUAUACAUUGAUGACGGCCAGACUACGGAGGCUGAGAUCCUCUCCAAUACCGUUGGUAGCCCAGACUAUGAGUACUUCCUCUCAGGUCUUGGCACCAAGGUCGCUCUCAAAGGAGCAAGGUUCAACACCCAGGGCUUACAUGCUGAAUCAGACGGGGAAUUCACGUAUGCCUGGCGUGAUCGUGUCACGGAAAUCGUCUACCAUGUUACGACGAUGAUGCCUACCAAUUUCGACACCGAUCCGUCCUGUAUCUUGAAGAAAAGUCAUAUUGGCAACGACUUUGUCAAUAUCAUCUUCAACCGUUCCAACACCCCGUUCAACUUUAACACAUUACCCUCUCAGUUCAACUUUUUCUUCAUUGUCAUCAGCCCUGUUUCUCGUCUUACGGAUGGAGACAAAACUGCUUCGUCUGGGGCGAGCGACCCUGCGAACUUGUUCUACAGCGUAAAGGUGAUGAGCAAACCCGGUUUCCCCGAGAUCUCCCCUGCCGCCUCGCCAAAAAUCAUAUCUGGAAAGAACCUCGCACCGUUUGUGCGCAUUCUGGCCUUGAAUGCCUCUGUAUUCUCCCUGGUUUGGAACAGUGAGGGCGAGCAUAUUUCAUCUUGGCGCAACAGACUACGCGAAAUCAAGCGGUUACGUGAGCGAGCGCUUGGGUUCCAAUCUCAAGCCCCGGAUACUCUGGAUGCCACCUAUCCGACGCAACGCCGCAACACCAAAGCCAAUAUCUUCUCCGAAGAACUGCCGGUCCGUAGCAACUCAGCAAGAUCUGAAUAUGCUACCGAUUGGAAUGCAGCAGCAGAUGCCAAUAUUCUCCAGAACCUUGACUUUUCCCGCUGGGCAAAGUGAAGUUGCAAUCUUACAUCUGCCGAGUCAUAUCAUCUCACCCCUACAUCUCUUCAGUCCCAUGCCUCUAUUCGCUCCAUUCCAUGUUUUAUUCCACCUCAUGCCGAGUGCGACUUCAUUAGCCUUCGGCAUGAGGAUAGAGAACUGGAAGCCUAUACAAUCUCCUUGCUAACAUUUCCCAACCCUUUUCACAUGAUCUCUCAUUCCAGCAUACUCCAUCUGACCCUUUAUCUGGAGCACUGAAUAUCAAUGUACAAUCGGAUGUGUUUGUUCUUCCCCCUUGCCCUAUCCCUAUCCGUCUUUCCCACAAAAUUCACUCUCGCCUGUGUGACAGUGAAUUCAAGACGAUAAAGUUCUACAGCGUUACGCAUUUUCUGUCCUUUUUUCUUAUGUAUACCAUAUCUACUGUACGCAGGAGUUGGACCGGAGCCAAAAGCGAUCAAGGGAUCAGGAACAGGAGAACUACGGUGCCUUCAAAAAGUUUGCUUUUCUUUCCUCGCUUUGGCCUUUUAUGCAUGUACAUGAUGAAGGAAAUGACGGUACCCAAAAGUUUGUUUUGUCCUUGCUUGUUUGUGCUUUGAUAUGAUAAUGAUGAUGAUAGCGAUGUGAUACUCCCUCUAUAGCCUUUUAUCUCCUUUGCUUUUUGUUUUGCCUUCGCCUGUCAAUGUGGCGUCAAAAAAUGGGUUGUGUGUGUAUCGAGUACGAUAGAGAUCUGAUAGUGAGUGGUUGACUGUAUUGUGCUGUAGUGUCGCAAACACGCAAUAGAAAAAAAUCAAAUAGAGUAUCAAUGAAGACUUCAUCUGAAUAUCCUCUCUACUUCGCUGAAGCACCUGCUUUCCUGCAGACAGGUAUGUGCUCUUUAAAUUCCUUUAUGACUUUAUACAAAUACAUAGCAAUUAUAUACCUCAAAAGAGAAAUGUAAGAAAACUAAAAACGCAGCUAUUUUUCUAUAUAUACAUAUCAUGAUUAAUCAAGAUCUUCACCCACGAUCUCCUCUCGUAAGACGGAUGGAGACGGGAUAGAAAUGCAGAAGUGAGAAGUCCUGACGGGCUUACGUCACAAAUUCAGGUUGUAUAAGCAACCAGUAACCGAUUCACCAUAGAUUUGAUGUGUAUUAAUCUUUCGAAUCCUGGUUUCUGCGGCGAGGCAGCGGCAGCCGUCAUAACUCUGGGUGCUAGGCUUCGAUCCUCUAUUUUCGGAUCGGAGUCAAGAGGGAGACUCACUCUCACCAGCCGAAUAUCUCGGCUACACUCAGUGUACUCCAUCGUACACCGGCUACAGAGAACAGAAUGAGGACGACGUCCACGACAGUGAGGACGGCAGCACCCAUCAUGAAUCGUGGGCAGAAGAUGCGGUAGAGCAUAAGGUGGCGGCGGAGGUGGCCAGCCCACAUUGUCGUAGCGAGGUUGAUGGUGCCAAAGUACAAGAUAUACGUAGCUGCAGCCUGAGCGACAUCCGAGAGGAGUUUAAGCGCGGGUUUCGAGGAUGCGCUGUUCGAGUCGCGGAGCUGGAGGGGUCGUUUCCAGAGGACUGUGAGCGGUGCGGCGAUGGCGGUAAGGAUUUGAGGGCCAAAGGUGUUGAGGGUGACGAGGAGCGGGGACCAGGGGUAUUUCACCGUUGUUAGUGGGAUGAAGGCCGUUUCCCACUGAAUGCUGGAAAGGGUGGCCUGGUGGCCUGUUUUGAAGUAGUAGAAGGAGCCGAGAAGCGCAAGGACUAUGGGGCCGAUGGAGGAGUUGGAUGUAACCAGGGCGUUUGUGUCGAGGAUUUCGAGGAGGGAGAGGAUUUGCCAGAGGAGGAGAGCCAUGGUGCCUUGGCCCAUUGGUUUUUGCAUUAGCAUGAUGGCGAGGCAAAAGUUGAUCGCGAGGAAGAAGAAUCGUGUGCCGUGAACGUUGCCGAAACCAAGGAUUGUCACUGUUGUUCUUGGCAGUUGUUGCUCGCCCGGUGAUGAGGGGCGUUUUACUGUGGGUUCCGGCUCUGCGGCGCUUUGAGCAACGCUGAUGCUGACGCAUGGCUUUGAGUAGAGGAAUGCGGUUGUGCCGGCGGCGAAUGCGAGACCGAGAACAAGUUGAGCUAGGAAUACGCGAAUCGACUUGAGGGUUUCGCCGUCAAGAGGGAGCCAGGCCUUGCCGUCUAGCUCCUCAAGCACCCAGAAUAUAGAGGUUACAAAUAAUCCAAGACGGAAGCCAAUCCCAAUCCAUAGACCAGCUGCUCCUUCAUAAGAUUUUGAUCCAUCAUAGAAGCCCUUGAUCACCGUGGGCAGUAUGAGCAUGACGAGGAACGGAAGAGCGAGUUGCCAAGGAGCAGAUGUAGAGGAUGUGCUGGAAGCAUAAUAAGUUGACCGGCAGAAGGGCAUCUGUUCCUCACGACAGAGACGAGACAGAGACGCUAGUCUUGCCAGAAUGACGAAGACAAUUGAAUGGUAUACUCCCAGGACCCUGUCGGUGGUUGUUCCUUGGCGCAUUGAGGAUACACCAGCAACAAUACCGAAUGUACACAGGAAGAAAAGCAGAAUCUCGUCCUCCCAGAUAGUGUAGGAGUUGGAUGCGAAGCCAAGCGAUUGACUGACCGUGAAGACAACAGCAAGCCAACCCCAGAGGGAGUUGGGCAGGGGAAUUGAUAGACGCUGAGUGCUGAAGAUGACAGAUGAGGCACCCAGGAUGCUACCAACAGCAGCGAAUAGGGCCGAAGCCUCUAGGACCUUCAAUUCGGUUACACGAAUCAUCACCAAGACGGCACCAGCAACAGUCCCCAAAACAGAACCUAAGCCAACGCGCGAGAGGAAGGGACCGGUAAUAUCUGUCCGGUCCGCUUGCAAACCACGGGCGUAGAACACCAGUAGAACUAUGCCUGCAAGGAGUACUGCAGUUCCUUGUACCAUACUCGGCAAAUCGAAUUUCGCCCAGAGGCUCCGGCAGACUUGGAGCGUAUGCCGUUGAUACUGUCUAUAGGCGUCGUAAACUGCACUCAAGUUCUUGGGUUUGCCCUGCCAUUCCUUUUCUGCUGUCUCCCAGAAACCAAGCACCUGGGAUUCUGCUCCAUCGUCCCCACGACUCUGAGCGUAAGCGUGCUGGUAUCGCUUGAUUUGUGCAGACGCCAGGCGGUUUACAGUGACGAGGUUACUCCAAUCGUUUCCGUUGGGUCCCGAAAAUGAUUCUUCAAUCGGCGAGCCCAGAUUAUUGAACGGGAUAGGGAUUCCGAGUAGUAAUGAUAGGGUCGGCACAAGGUCAAUUUGGGGAACGAAUCUUUCUCGAGCAUACUUUGGCGGCAAUACGGUUUCCGGCUUGGUACGACCGAAUAUCCCUUUUUUCGAGUACAUCCACAACGCAGCAUUAACCUCGUCGUCCGAUUCACCCCCGUGAUCUCCUUUCGAGUCCAUGCCAUGGUCGCCCAUGACAACGAGCAACGUGCUGUCGUCAAUUUUGCUCAUGACUUCUCGAAUGGUUUGGUCCAUUUGGUUCAGCUUGGCCGCCAUGGCAGGGUGAUUGGGGCCGUAUCGGUGACCAGCGUGGUCAACGCCGAGGUAGUGCCCAAAGAUAACAUCCCAUUUUGUGUAGUUUUGGGGUUCAAGAAGUGGGAAUAUAUGCUCAUUCACGCCGUUGUCGACCGUAUGCAAAUCCCACACAUUAAACGAAUCAAACGGCCGUGUCAAAUCAUGGUCGAAGUAACCCGGGAAGAGAGCAUGCCAUGUGUCAUCACCAAGGUGAACAAUGUUCUUACCCGCGGCGUGAAGUUGAGCGACGAGGUUGUCUUCGUCAAUUGUUGUCCCAGCAAAGUUGGAGCCGGCAUCUAUAAACGUGGGGAGAGUGCCGGUAGUCAGGCCCUUUAGUCGCUGCAAUGUGGUAGUCGGAGGAUCCGCGAUGAAAGGGAGGAGGAAAGCAUUCUGAGGGUUGCUGAUUGCGGUUUCAUACAGCACUGGUAUAUUAUCGUGGAAAAGGUGGGCGCUUUCAAUAUCUUCAUUUGGUGCAAAAGGGACGGUAAAGUCAUAGCGAAGAGCAUCGAUAAUUAUCACAAUAGCCUUGUCGAACGACUUUUGGUGCCAACAGUCGUCAUUUGACUCCUGGAUCUGGGGAGCGUCACUGAAGGGUAGAACAUCGCAUGAAGACUUGUUUUCCAAGACCAUCCGGGUGAGGAGGAAGCCUUUGGUGAAGUAGAAUAUGCCAACAACAUGCAGGAACCUG